AUGUCUUCGCCUACUGCUACUGCUAAAGGAUACGGUAUCGCCGAUACUUCGAAAUACACUGACUUCUCAGUACAAGAAUACAAGCUCAAAACACCUCAUUCCGACGAUGUCACCCUCGACAUAGAGGUAUGCGGUGUAUGCGGCAGUGAUGUUCAUACGAUUACGGGUGGAUGGGGCGACCUCGGUGCCCCGUGGGUUGUACCAGGCCACGAGAUCGUAGGGAAGGUCACUCACGUAGGAGAUAAUGUGAAAGAAUUCAAAGUUGGACAAAGAGUCGGUGUAGGUGCUCAGGUGUUGAGUUGUUUGAAAUGUAACAGAUGUAAUGAGGAUAAUGAACAAUAUUGUCCAGAGCAAGUUGACACAUACAAUGCCAAAUUCCCUGAUGGAGUCGAAUCCCAAGGAGGAUACUCAACUGCUAUUCGUACGAACCAGCGAUUCGUCUUUGCCAUCCCUGACGCUAUCAAGUCAGAAGAUGCCGCUCCGAUGUUAUGUGCUGGUCUUACCGUGUUCUCUCCUUUGGUGAGGAACGGUACCGGGCCAGGUAAGACUGUUGGUAUAGUUGGUAUUGGCGGAUUGGGACACUUCGCCAUUCAGUUCGCUCAUCAUCUCGGUGCCAAGGUAAUCGUCUUCUCCCAUUCCCCCAACAAGAAAGAAGACGCCCUCUCCCUCGGUGCAGACGAAUUCGUCUCUACCUCCGAAGACGGAUUCGCGGAUAAAUAUUUCGACAAGAUCGAUUACAUCCUUUCUGCUGCCGAUGCCAAUUCCAUCCCACUAGGAGAUCUUUUGAGCACAUUGAAGAUAGAUGGGAAAUUGACCUCUGUUGGAUUGCCCGACGAGGCGUGGGAAGGGCUCAAACCUCAGUCGAUGGCUUCGAAUGCUGCUUGUGUAGGAUGUAGUCAUAUUGGUUCUAAAAAGGAGGCCAAUCAAAUGCUCAAACUCGCCGCUGAGAAAGGUAUCAAACCCAUCAUCGAUGAAGUUUUGCCCAUGUCUCAAGCCGCUAAAGCCAUCGAGUCUGUCAAGAACAAUACUGUCAGAUACAGAUAUGUUCUCAAGCAGGAUUUGGCUUAA